AUGUCCCCGGUGACGUCAGCUGACUGUUUUGGCUGUACUAGGCGCUCCGGACACAGCGCGCUGCUGCUGCUGCUGCUGCUGUAAAAAUGCUGCUCUCUGUGCCGCCAAGGACAGGAAUCAACCCAUAUAACGGCUAUACCAGCAGAACCAGUAAAAAGCAGGCGUAUGCGUCCUCCACCCAACAGAUGGCGCCGCCCAGUCCCAACACCACCACCACCACCAGCAGUAAUGGAAGCAGCAGCGGUGGAGACCAGCUGAGCAAAACCAACCUGUACAUCCGUGGUCUCCAUCCAGGAACCACGGACCAGGACCUGGUCAAGCUCUGUCAACCCUAUGGAAAAAUAGUGUCUACUAAGGCCAUUCUUGACAAGACCACCAACAAGUGUAAAGGCUAUGGCUUUGUGGAUUUCGACAGCCCGGCCUCAGCACAGAAAGCAGUGACGGCGCUAAAGGCCAGCGGAGUUCAGGCUCAGAUGGCAAAGCAACAAGAACAGGACCCCACCAAUCUGUACAUCUCCAAUCUGCCUCUAUCUAUGGACGAGCAGGAGUUAGAAAGCAUGCUCAAACCUUUCAGCCAGGUCAUUUCCACACGCAUCUUACGUGAUGCAAACGGCACCAGCCGUGGAGUUGGUUUUGCCAGGAUGGAAUCGACUGAAAAAUGUGAGGCCAUCAUUCAACAUUUCAAUGGCAAAUACAUCAAGACUCCUCCUGGAGUAGCAGUGCCUACAGAACCCUUGCUGUGUAAAUUUGCGGACGGGGGACAGAAGAAACGUCAGAAUCAGGGGAAAUAUCACCAGAAUGGACGGCAGUGGCCGAGAGAGGCCGAGACUGGCGGGAUGACGCUAACAUAUGACCCUACUCCUGCUUUACAAAAUGGGUUUUACUCUCCUUCCUACAGCAUUGCUCCUAACAGAAUUAUUGCUCAGACUUCUAUCUCUCCCUACAUGCACUCACCUGUAUCCACCUACCAGGUACACAAUCCAUCUUGGAUACAUCACCAGUCUUACCUCAUGCAGCCCACAGGUACCGUCCUUACGCCCACAGUGGACCACACCAUGACCAUCCAGCCCACUACCAUAAUAGGGCCUCUCACACAACAGCUCAGCCAUCUAACCCUGGGCAGCACAGGCACGUAUAUGCCUGCAAACACAGCUAUGCAAGGGACCUACAUACCACAAUACGCCCAAGUGCCUCCUUCAAGCGUUACAGCCGAGGAAAAUAGCGUCCAACAGCAGCAGGUUGCCAUAGAGACACCCACAGACCACACAACAUACACCUACCAGCAUGGCAAGUGAAGAGGAGUAGAUUCAUAGGAGUGAUGGAGGACUUUGGAUACUGAACCACCUCUCUUGACAUGAAAAACAAAUGGACAUUUUGAAAAGGAACUGAAAAGCGUGUCUCUUUCCAAUGAACGAAAGCAGACAUUUUUGCAACUUUUUUUUUCUUGGAGAAGACCAACCGAUAAUGAAGCUAAACCUAUUUUAGUAAGUGAAAGACUUGGAUGGAGGAAGCUAUGACUACAAGAUGUCAUAAAAGUUCACAGAAAGCAAAGUAAGCUUUUUUUUAACACAAAGACUCACAUACAUGCACACACACAAACACAUACUCCAACACACUUUGAGAAAUAUUUUUCUGCAACUUUAUUUUCUAAAACGUUCUGCAUAGCCAGAAUGAAACAACUACGAUGUUACAGCACCAUGUGUCAUUUUAAUUUGAUUUAAUGUUUUUGUAAAAUUCUUCAAAGAUUUUGUUGACUGCUUUUGAACUGUCUGCUGCAAAAGGAGGAAUUUUGUACAUAAAAAAAAUGUUUUUGCAAAGAUCUUGCUGCAUUUUUCUUGAAUAUCGAUUUAAGGAAAUCCUGAGGAACCUAAGCUAAGUCGUUUUGAUAGAUCUACAGAAAAAUGUCCUGUAUCGAAGAGCAUUGUAAAUGCACUCAUUGUUUCGAUUAAGUUUGUGUCCAGCGACACGAGACUGAAUUCUGAAACCAAGACCUCAUAUCCCCUCGCAAAACAAAAAUGUCCUUUUUUCCCCCUUCCAAAAUGCUGCUUUAUCUUGUAAGUUAGGUUAUGCUCUGUUUAAAUGUUGAGAUUUAUUUUUGUAUUUGAAGAUCAUUUUUUUAAAGAAGAAUUUCAAAGAGAAGCUAUUUGGAUGAUAAAGUUUUUUAUGGCUUUGUUUUCAUGUCAAUAGUUCUGUCUUGCCUCUUCAUACGUAUGGGUUAUGUCUUUUCUUUAUGCAUUGUAACGGAGUGCUCCGCCAACGUUGUAAUGUAGGCCUGUAAAUUAAUUUUUCUUGCCUUGGUGAACUUUAAUAGUGAGGAGUGUGUUCUUUGGGCUGUGUCCCCUGAGAUAUAAAAAUGGCAAUAUAAUGAAAACCAAGAGAGUUCUUCCCUUAUUAGUGGAACACUCCCUCAGUUUCCUUCCUUCUGAGGUACACGAUUCUGAGCCUGGAAUAGUGAUUAUUUGUGUUGUCCAACAUGCUGAAAUGUACAUUUAAAUUCGCUGGACAGGACAAUAGUUCAGUGAUGUAUGAAAUCAUAUAUAAUAAUACUGUAAAUCUAAAUAUAUUAGCAAAAAAAGGAUUACACUGUUUCAUUAGCUCGGGAAGUUCCCUUCGAGAAUGAAAAUUUCCUGAUAAUUUACUCACCCCCAC